AUGAACCAGGACUUCCCCCCGACAUGCCCCAGAUGUCUCCUCGAAGACGAAGACCUCGAACAUGCCAUCCUACGCGGCCCCGAGCGCAGCGCCCAGAGGGCAACCUACAUACCCUUUGCAAAAUCUCUCGACGACCUCUGGUCACCCCCCACCUCACUAGCAGCCCUCUCUUCAUACAUAAGGGACACCAAAACCGGGUACCCCCCACAAGUGGGCCCACCCAUGUCGCCACCCUAUGACCUAUCCUCAGACUUCGACCUCACCUCACUCUCAUCAAGCUCGGCCUAG